GAGAUGGCGACGAGGGCGGCAUUGUUGAUCAUCUUGUAACUGCACAUAUCACUACUACUACUGGACGCCCAUACACAGGCUCCACACUACGCCCCACUACGCCCCCAGAGCGCACCCAGCUGACGUCCUCCCACACGACCACCCAGCCGCGUCUCCGGCCUUGACCACCGUGAAUGAUCGCCACUGAAGUCUGCGCCAUCACCACCCCCACCCCGCUCGCCCGCGGGUCCUCCUUCUUCCCAGUUGAAUAACACGAGGUGUAACUCCACUUCGCCACCAUGGUCGCCCUCGACAUCUCCGAGACGUCCAAGUCGCUCGCCGUCGUCGGCGGGUACAUCUCCAUCGUCGGGCUCGUGAGCUACUUUCUCAAGGAGCGGCUGUUCAUGUCCGAAGCCCUGCUCGCCUUCAUCGCAGGCAUCAUCUUUGGCCCGAUCGCGGCCAACGUCUUCUCGCCGCUCGACUGGGUCAGCGGCUCGGAGCACGAGCUCUCGCACCUGACCUUUGAGAUCACGCGCGUGGUUAUCGCCAUCCAGGUGCUGUUCACCGGCAUCUCGCUGCCCAAGGCGUACCUCUGGCGCGAGCGGCUCAGCCUCUUCACGCUCCUGUUCCCCAUCAUGACGGCGGCGUGGUUCGUGACCGCUGCGCUGGUCUACGGCCUCGUGCCCGGCCUCACCUUCCUCGAGGCCCUCGUUAUCGGGUCUUGUGUCACGCCGACCGACCCCGUCCUCGCCAACUCGAUCUGCAAGGGUCGAUUCGCCGAGAAGUAUGUCCCGCUCCACGUCCGCCAGAUCAUCGUCGCCGAGGCUGGUGCAAACGACGGCCUGGGAUUCCCAUUCCUCUACAUGGCGCUGUACCUUAUGCUGAGGAAGAAUCCCUCGCACCCGGUGCACACUAUCGGCGGGGCAGUUGGCGAGUGGGUGUAUAACAUUGUCCUCUACCAGGUCGCCCUCUCGGUCGUCAUCGGCGCCAUCAUCGGCUACGUCGCGCGCAAGGUGCUCCGCUUUGCCGAGGCACGGGGACUUAUCGACCACGAGUCGUUCCUCUCGUUUGGCGUCUCGCUCACCUUCCUCACCCUCGGCAUCGUGGGCAUGAUUGGCUCAGACGACAUUCUCUGCUGCUUCAUUGUGGGCAACUCGUUCACCUGGGACGACUGGUUCCGCGUCGAGACCGAGGACCACGCGUUCCAGGAUGUCAUUGACCAGCUGCUCAACAAUGUCAUCUUCCUCUACAUCGGCUCCAUCAUGCCGUGGAGUGAGUUUGGCAAGUUCUGGGGCCUGUCGCCUUGGCGCCUGGUUGUGCUCGGUAUCUGCGUCAUUCUUCUCCGCCGCCCCCCUUGGGUCAUUCUUCUUAAACCCUACAUCCCCUCGCUCUCCACCUGGCCCGAGGCCGUGUUUGCCGGUUACUUUGGCCCCAUCGGCGUCGGCGCCGUCUACUACGUCCAGGUUGCGCUCAAGGAGAUUCCGGAUGACGGUACCCGUGACCGUCUCCGAGCUGUCAUCCUCCCCGUCGUCUACUUCCUGGUCAUGACCUCGGUCGUCGUCCACGGCGUCACCAUUCCGCUGGGUAAGGGCUUCCAGCGCGCCGCGACUAUCACCAUGUCGCGCACGAGCACGGCAGCAGACCUCGUCGGUGUCAGACUGCCCCCCGCCGUGCCGGUUGGCUCGGUGCCCACCCCGGUCGCCCCCGAGUCGUCGGGGGCGCCCAGCAGCACUACGAGAACCGAGGCCUUUGGUUUGGCUGAGCAGCCGCAGUCGCCCCAGAUCCACUUUGACCUGCCCGCAGCCAAGUCUGCCGACACGCCGCCCAUCAGCCGCAACAUCAGCUUUGCGACAGUGCCACCCCACGAGCAGCAGGCCGAGUCUGAUGCCGUGUCCGAGCUGCCCUCUGAGAGCAGCGAGGGCACGUACCGUCGCCGUACCCCCGCCGGCCCCAUCGGCAUGGUCUAAAAUGUAGAUAUGAGCCAUCUUGCCCAUCUUGCCCCCCAUCCAAAUGCAUCUUGUCAUUG